ACUCUUCUCUACUCAUUCACCUCUCCUACCCGUCACAGCCAGCCACGGCUACCGCCACCAACCUUCCCUUCGAAUCAGUUUAAAUGGCCCGUGCGUGUUCCGUCCUUGCUCAUUGCUCUCGCGGACUAAUGAUCUCCAGCUCCAUUAUCACCACUAUUUCGACCAUUAUCAUCAUCACUACCUAUUAAACUAUCCACUCUCCCUAGCAUUUCUUUGUUGAUUUCGAAUCCAUUUAGCUUCUAAAGAUAUAUAAUUUUGGUUAAAAAGAGUUUCAAUCUUUAUCCAAGCCAAGGGUUCUACUUAGCUAUCCCUGCUUCCUGGAAUGGCUACCCUGCAGAGCUACAAUGUGUGCUUGAGAGAAUCUGCUCUCCAAUCUUCGCGUCCCAAUUGCGGUGAUUACCAGAAAAGGAGGAAUGCAAAAUUGCGAUCCCCACAAGCAGCGGUGAUACCCAAUUUCCAUCUGCCAAUGCGCAGUUUUGAAGUCAAAAACAGAACAUCAGUAGAAGAUAUAAAGUCUCUUAGACUGAUAACAGCCAUCAAAACCCCAUAUCUACCCGAUGGAAGAUUUGAUCUUGAGGCCUAUGAUAACCUGGUGAAUAUGCAAAUUGAAAAUGGUGCAGAAGGAGUGAUUGUUGGUGGCACAACUGGUGAAGGCCAAUUAAUGAGUUGGGAUGAACACAUAAUGCUUAUUGGUCACACGGUCAAUUGUUUUGGUGGAUCUGUUAAGGUAAUUGGGAACACAGGGAGCAACUCCACUAGGGAAGCAAUUCAUGCCACUGAACAAGGUUUUGCCGUUGGAAUGCAUGCAGCGCUUCACAUCAAUCCUUACUAUGGCAAAACCUCUCUAGAGGGUUUAGUUUCUCACUUUAACAGUGUGCUGCCAAUGGGUCCUGCCAUCAUAUACAAUGUCCCAUCACGAACUGGCCAAGAUAUUCCUCCGCAUGUGAUCUAUGCCGUGGCACAGAGUUCAAACUUGGCUGGGAUUAAAGAGUGUGUUGGAAAUAACCGGAUCCAAGAAUAUACAAAUAAUAGACUUGUGGUAUGGAGUGGGAAUGAUGAACAAUGUCACGAUGCUAGGUGGUUCCAUGGUGCAACUGGGGUUAUUUCUGUUGCUAGCAACCUCAUUCCAGGAUUGAUGCGAGAACUUAUCUUUGGAGGAAUGAACCCUUUACUGAAUUCAAAAGUCAUGCCUCUAAUUGAGUGGCUCUUUUACGAGCCAAAUCCCAUUGGCUUAAACACAGCUCUUGCACAAUUGGGGGUUGUCAGACCAGUUUUCAGGUUACCUUAUGUGCCUCUUCCUCUAGCCAAGAGGGUUGAAUUUGUUAACCUGGUCAAGGAGAUUGGCCGGGAGAAUUUUGUGGGAAAGAAAGAUGUUCAGGUUCUUGAUGAUGAUGAUUUUAUCUUGGUGGGGCGGUAUUAGUGUUCUAUCCUAAGGAAUAAUUUGUUUCAUAAUUUCUGGUACGAGAAUUACUUUCCUUUAUUUACUGUAAGAGAACCCUUUUUUAUUCUUUUUUUUUAAAAUUUAUUUCUACUUUGAGUUGCAAAAUGAAAUACGGUAUUCUCU